UCUGUGGUAGUCAGAAUGAGAAAAAAACACGCUUUGGUAUCAGCCAGCUGUUUUAUUCCGAGUGUUUGAAAAUCAGUGAAAAUUUUAAUGGGUCAAAAUUGAACAGUGUCAUUUCAUUUUCAAACAGUGACAUUUUGUGAACUUGAAGUGAAAAUAUUAUGCUUUGAAAAUUCAUACUGAGUAAAAUAUCAAUCGAUUUAUGAUUUUGUCGCUCAUUGCGACAAAUGCUUUUUAGUUUUAUUACGUCGUACUUCUGAAACGCGAUGUGUUUAUUAAAGUAAGGUGACUUGUUCCAUUACUUGGUUUCACACUUGAAAACCUUUUGUCUGUGGAUAGCUGCGCAGUGAAUAUCAGUAGGUGCGGUGCGGUGCUUUAUAACGAACGCAAAUAUUGUGUGCAACGAGUGUGACGUUAAUCGAUUAGGUGCGUUUUGUGGUGAUGUGUUAGUGAGAAGGUGGUAUUUACGUGGUGCGGUGGAUGCAGAGACAGUGGUGUAGCGGACGCCCGGGCAUGGUGCCGGACAGGUAGCGGGCGCGGGCGGCCUGCGCAGGCCCCACACAAGCAGCCGCGUGUGUCUCCCAGCGUCGUCUAUGGCCGAGCAACACAUCACACCGUCGUCGCACUCUGCACUCACGAGAGAGUCCAACGGGUCUUCUCCUAGCAGGGUGGUGGGCGGUCGGUGGUUGCGUCAGGUGCGUCAAGCGAAUCGCAGCCGCCGCAACCGACGCAACGUGACAUCGCCCCUGCCGCGCCAUACCAACCGGCACUCGAGUCGCGCCGCCGCCGACGCUGAAGCUGAGCCGCGCAGGCACGUGGAGCUAAGGCGAAGCUCGCGCCUAGUCAACGCACUGCCCAGGUCCGACUACUCAAUAUCCGAGCGCUGGUCCUACGGAGCCGACUUCUACGAGACGCGCUACGACACCGACUACAGGAGCGGAGACUCCUGGAAGUACACGAGCGGCACCAACGCGAAGCGUGGCCGGAACUCGUCAUCGUAUGACCGAAAAAAACAUAAACAUCGCACAGUUACGACAAGCAGUGCCGCCACAGAGGAGUGCGUCGCGUACUGCACACGCUCGCGAACUGCUCUCAAAUCGAACGAGAGUGCUUGUGAGCCAUCACCGAACACUUUAAAACCGCAGACGUUACCACGAUUAGCCGUAAAUCAUAACGCUACUGCGACAUCAGCGCAAGAGUGCCCGUUGAAUUCGUCCGAAGGUGGUCUUCUCCCGUUGGACGAAAGAGAUUACGCAUAUUCCCCGUUCAGUUCGUCGACUAUAACAGAGCUUCUCGAUUCUGAUUAUUCCGUGUACAGUCCUACCGCGCACCGCAGGAAGGGCAAAAAGAGGAAGCGAUCCACACAUCGUUCUCUGUCGACGAGGAAGAGUAGUUGCCUAGUAGAUAUCGAAGAUUGCAAAAAGAAGUUUAAGAUAGAUCCGUACAAGGAGGUGGAGGAAGCAAGCGAGCACGCUAUAUCUGAGUGCCGACAGGAGUACGAUUCGGAGAGGCCGGAGUCAGUGGCCGCGUCGCAUACCUCGUGCACGUACCUACUGCGCAACAGGCACCGCGACCUUGGCCCGCCCACCGCCACUGUUAUUAGCGAUAAUUCAGCGACCACUUCCACAAACGAACCGGCCCUCAAUCAGUCGUUGAUCGAACGGAGAAAUACAGAAUUUCGUGGAAGAACUGUUACUCCACCACCCUAUAAGGAUUUACAAGAGGCCAGUUCAUCAAAAGCGCCUGCAGAAAGUAAGCUACUUAUCGUUCCUCGUGACCUUCCGUAUUUACGACAAACUAACGCACGUAGGAGUAUCGCUGCUGCGACGGGUGCGACCCUGGGUGCUUGCUUGACGCGGGGGGCUGGCAAUUCGCAGCGGCAGAGGCAGGAAGCUGCUUCUAAACGACAGGUGUCGGGUGCAGAGGAGGCGGGCAGCAGUGCGGCGGGCGGGCGGCGAGCGCGGGCGCGCGACAUGCCGCAGCCGCAGCCGGCAUCCACGCGACGAGACAAACGAGGCAAAACCAGUCUGGGUUCGUGUGCCAGUACAGGUGGUGCGUCCAGCCGGUCUCACCCCCAGCCAUUAACCACGUCUCCGAGCGGCACGAGUACAAGGUCCGGCGGAGGCGCGUCACCGCCCGCCUCCACCUCGCUCACCGCCAUCGAACACAACUUGUCCCUCGCAUUCUCCGCAUCCGGAUCAUUCGUCGCUAGCUCCUUACCUACAGGUAAUGAGAGCUCGGAACCUGGACCCACCACGUCCGCAUCGACGUAUCCUCACACUUCACCUACAGUACAUAGGUCUGGCAGUCCGCUGCAGUUGGCAGAAAUGUUGAGGCGGAAACGCGCAGUGCGGCGGUCUGGCGGAGCGCCGGCGCGCGGGCCGCGGCGUCGCGAGGACCUCACCCCGCCGCACCAGCCGCCCGCCGCGCCCGCAGCGCCCGCCGCCCCGGCGCCGCCGCACGCGCACGCGCACGCGCAUCAACCGCAACAGGCGCAUGCUGUGUCGGUGAUACCGUCAGCGUCGCGUUCUACGUCGCGCGUGGGCGGGGCGUCGCGCACCUCGUCGUUCCUGUCCUCGCUGAACCCCUCGCGCUGGGGCCGCACGCCGCACGCGCACCGCGACACCGCCCUGCUCGCCUCCCCGCACGCCUCCACUAAUCUCACUGUACAAAACAAAGAGAAGGUGCGCGAAUGGAUAGUAUGGAAAGCGGGUCGGCUGCAGCGCGAGUGGGGCGCGCUGGGCGGCGGCGCGGGCGCGCUGGAGCAGCUGGCCGCGCUGGCGGGCGCGCUGCCCCACGCGCACCAGCGCCGCGCCGCGCUGCAUCAGCUGCGCGACACGUUACUACACCACGACGUCUCGCCCUUCGAGGUGAAUCAUUCUGGAGUGCUGGGCGCGCUGCUGCAGUACCUGACGGGCAGCGCGGGCGAAGGCGAGGAGGCGACGGAGGGCGGGGAGCGCGACGCGGAGGGCGAGGCGCGCGACGCCGCGCAGGAGAUAGCAGACUGCGAGGAACGCCUCAGGCUGUUCUUGCAUGUCUUCGCAGGCAUGCCGCUCGUGCCAGACGACCGCGAUUGGAUGGAACAAGUGUCGGAAGUGGGCGUGGCGAGUGCAGUGGGCGGGGCCGGAGGCGGGGCGGGCGCGCUGGCGGCGCUGGUGGGCAAGGUGAACGCUUGCGUGUCGCACCUCGAACAGUUCCCCGUGCGCGUGCACGACCUGCCCGCGCGCCCCGCCACCUCCGCCCUACGCUUCUUCAACACUCAUCAGCUCAUGUGUGAUCUCAAACGUCAUCCAAAUUGCACCAACCUGAAACAAUGGAAGGGCGGUGUUGUACGGAUAGACCCGUUAGCUUUAGUACAAGCCAUUGAACGGUACCUGGCGCAGCGCGGGUACGCGAGCGCGCGCGCACGCGACGGCUCCGCGGCGGCUGCGCACUCGGACGACGAGCCCGCCUCGGACGACGACGUCGAGGACUCGCUCGGAACGCCGCCGCAUCCCCACACCACUGAUUCUGAUCACAAACUGGAAUUCCUAAUCGGCGACACGGUGCUGCCGUACAACAUGACGGUGUACCAGGCCGUGCGACAGUUUGGCGAUCACACGGACGCAGACACCGACACUGAAACGCCUAUUGCAAACGCUGGCAUCUGGGUGCAAACGCACACGAUAUACUACCGCGCGGUGGAGGCGGGCGAGGCGCCGCGCGCUGACGCCGCCGCAUCGCGCAAAGGCAAGGGACACACCACAAAGAUUUCAUCGCGACGCAAGCCCGACCUGCUCUGGAACGAGGGCGUAGUGCCGGCGCGUGAGUCGCCCCUGUUCGUGAUCCUGCGGUCGCCGCUGGUGAGCAGCGGCGAGGUGAAGGACGCGUCGCUGCCGGCGCUGGGGCUGCUGCGCGCGCUGCACGCCCUCGCGCGCCACUGGCACACGCUGUACCGCGCCGCCUGCCUGCCAGACCACCGGCCGCUCGUGCCCAACUCCGACUUCAUCAAUCCCAAGCUUGCUGCAAAAGCAAAUCGACAACUUCAAGAUCCAUUAGUUAUCAUGACUGGAAAUUUGCCACCUUGGUUAAAGAAAAUUGCUUAUGCUUGUCCAUUCGUGUUGCCGUUCGAGUGCCGACACCUGCUGUUCUACGUGGUGUCGUUCGACCGCGACCGCGCGCUGCAGCGGCUGCUGGAGGCGGGCGGCGAGCGCGGCGCGGCGGCGGCCGACGAGCGCGUGGCGCCGCGCCUCGACCGCCGCAAGCGCACCGUGCAGCGCCACAGCGUGCUGCGCCAGGCGGAGCACGUCAUGCACGAGUUCGCCCACACCAAGGCACUGCUCGAGAUACAGUACGAGAACGAGGUCGGCACCGGACUCGGACCCACGCUAGAGUUCUACGCACUAGUCUCACAGGAAUUGCAACGCGCCGAUCUCGACUUAUGGCACGGAAGUGAGAACUUCAAACAGAAGCCGACGUCGUUCGGUGGUGAAAUAGUGAAGAGCCAGCCGCCCGUGGUGACGGACCGGUCGGCGGACGCGGCGACGCGGCUCGCCUCCUCGGUGCGCGACGCGCUCAGCCUCGACGAGGAGCGCUCGCCGCAGCCCUCCGACCUCGAGAAGGAGACUUCCAUCCCCUCGCCCGCGCCCGACGCCACCUACGUCACCUGGCCCUGCGGCCUCUUCCCGCAGGCCGUCGGCCGCAACGCCAGGGCCUCUCAUCUCUCUCGGGUCAAGGCCAAAUUCCGCUUCCUGGGGAAAUUCAUGGCCAAAGCCGUUAUGGAUUCUAGAAUGGUGGACAUCCCGCUAUCAGUGUCGAUGUACCGGUGGCUGGUGAGCGAGCAGCGGUGGCUGGGGCUGAGUGACGUACGGCACGUGGCGCCCGAGCUGUGGCGCUCGCUGUGCCGGCUGCGGCGCGUCGCCGAGCGCGCACAGACCCUCGCCGGCGACCCCCGGCACACGCCAGACCAGCGCGCGCAUCUCAUCAAUGGACUAGAGUUGGACGGUUGUCCGAUCGAGGAGCUGGGACUGGACUUCAUCCUGCCGGGCGACGGGUGCACGGAGCUGCGGCGCGGCGGGCGCGACCUGCCCGUCACCGCCCACAACCUGCACAACUACAUCGCCCUCGUCACUCACUGGCUGCUCUAUGAAGGAGUGGCGAAACAGAUGGAAGCAUUUAAAGAAGGCUUUGAAUCAGUAUUUCCAUUGGCAAAUCUCAAGAUAUUCUACCCUGAAGAGUUGGAACAAGUAUUUUGUGGAAGUCCCUCAGGGGGUCGCGAGCAGCGGUGGGAGGCGCGCAUGCUGGCGGAGUGCAUCCGGCCCGACCACGGCUACACGGCGGAGUCGCGCGCCAUCCGCAUGCUGGUCGACAUCCUCGCCUCGUACUCGCGCGACGAGCAGCGCCUCUUCCUGCAGUUCGUCACCGGCAGCCCGCGCCUGCCCACUGGAGGAUUCAAGGCGCUGAACCCGCCGCUGACGGUGGUGCGCAAGUCGCUGGAGUCGUCGCUGGACCCGGACGAGUACUUGCCGUCGGUGAUGACGUGCGUCAACUACCUCAAGCUGCCGGACUACAGUAGCGCGGAGGUGAUGCGCGCCAAGCUGCGGCUCGCGGCCUCCGAGGGCCAGCACUCCUUCCACCUCUCGUGAACUGUGCGUACGAUACUCGUGUGUGUGAAUGUGGUUAGUGAUAUUGAUAGUUGUAAUGCUGCGGCCACAACCCUCUUAUGUGCAAUCAGAGUGAUUUAUUUCCCCGCUGUGUGACAGACACCUUAAAGUGCUGUGUAUUUACGUUUUGUUCUCUUUUCGUUAUACUUUUAGAUUACAUAAAUAUGUUUAUAACUAUAUUUUGUGUUAAUUUAAUGUGAUAGUUUUGUAUAUUUCUUUAUGGAUAUGUUAGAGAUUGGUUCUGAAUAUGUAAGAGUAGGGUGUGCGGUGCGCGGCGCGGCGCGGCGCGGUGCCUGCGCGUGCGCAUUGCUUGUAAUCGUCACCAUGUUAUAUAAAAUAUCUUACUACAUAAGUCAUGUUUGAUGGACCAUUAAAAAUCUUCUUUGAGAGUCCCUUCGAGUUACGAUAUAGCAUUUAAUGUCAAACGGUAUAUGUUUUGAUUAAACUCUAAGAAUGAUAAUUGUUUAAAGUUAAAGUGCAAAAUUUAAUAUGUAACAUUUCAAUAAAACCUAUAAACAAUACUGAUCAAA